UUGCUAGGACACAGAGCACUACAGUGUGGCUCAAGAUCAAAUACUUGUAUUGUAACAAGUACUUUUGCCAGUUCUGUUCGUAAAAACAGCAGUCAAUACUGCAAUAAAGAGUUGUUUCGCCAUAAAUGGAUCACAUAAGCAAACAAGAUGACCGCAGCAUCAUACAGCGUUAAAUUUGAUGAUGGACAGACCUAUCCCACUAAAUGUUUCCCAGCCCGGACAUUACUCCAUCGAGGAAAAGAAGGUGCUGGUCAUUGGCUUUUGGCUUACAGAAAGGCCGAGGAUCAGACAUACAGGAAUGUGUAUAGAAGAAUAAAAGAGACUGAGAACAACAGGGGGGCUGAUACUACUCAUGGUUACACAUUAGAUGGACCUUUUCUGCUCCAAUUACAUUGUGUUGAUGAGCCGUCUGAGCUCUGCUCUGUUGAUGUCAGUGAGCAGAAACUGAAUUCUGUCAAGCCAGAGGAUCUCAAGGUGUUUGGCAAUGUAGCUUACAUCGAUGCAUCUAUUAACUCCCUCUCUUUAGGGUCUUUCAGCAAUUUUGUGUCUUUAAGAGAACUCAAUCUGUCGUUAAACGGGCUUUGCAACAUGACAUUUCAUGCUGCUGACUUCCCUCAUCUCCAGGUUUUGGAUUUGUCCUACAACAGUUUGUCAGCUGAUGACAUCGUUUCCAUUGGUCGGCUUCCACGUCUAAAAGUCUUUCAUCUGACUGGAAAUCAGCUUUGUCAUCUUCCUCCCAAUCUGGGUUCUUCCAACCUCGAUGUCACUCAGCUGCCGGCUGAAGAAGCAGACAUGGCAUUUAAAGCUCUUGAAGUUCUGAUGCUUGACGAUAACAAACUGUCCUCUGAAGUCUUCAACAGUCUUACAAACCUUAAGAGGCUGAAGUAUUUAAACCUACAGGGGAACCGCGUUUCUGAAAUACCAUUUUUGCAAGUGACGGGCUGUUCAAAACCUUUGCAGAUGUCUUCUGAAGAGCAAGCUGAAGAAGAGGGACUUGCAAACACAGAGCCAAAUCCUAACACAGAUGAACCUUUCAAGAGAAUCUCACAGAUAUUUCAUGAGGAAAUCUGGGAAGAGUACUGCAAAGGAUCCAGUUUGCCGCUACCAGAGCUUCAGGUCCUUAAUUUAGCAGACAACAAGAUUGCAGAGGAAGAAGCGCUGAUGGCCGCAGCUCUUUUCCCUAUGCUGCGAGAAGUUGAUAUUCACUCCAACCCCCUGACCACACGGAGAAGUGGAGACCCUCCCUUACUGACCUAUUACCUCCAAGAGAGACUGGGGAUAACAAUAAAGCGUAAGAAGACACAAGAAGCCGUGAAGAAGCUCCCACUGAAGGUGUCCACUGAUCCAAAAUGGAAGAUGGAAGAAAGAAUCCUGAAGGCGUCAAAGAAGCCAUUGUUGAUGGAUGCGUCUCAUCCUGCUCAGGCUGAGAAAAGUGAGGUGACUGUCGAGAGAACAUCAGAAUCCCUCCAUGAAAACACAGAGCAGUUCUUUGUUACUCAGGUGACAGAUGUUCCCGAAUAUGAGUUUGAUCGUGGAGCUGAUAAGAAAGAAACUGCAGAGAGGAACAAUGACAGCGCCGUUCCUGAAAGAUUCACAUGCCAUGAAAUGUUGAUGGAUGCAAAACCAAACCCUGAUGUGGUGGAGCCCUUUGGAAUUCAAACAGCUGUUCGGAUGCUGGAACACAAGCUGAAGACUCUUAACGUUUACAGAGGCUCAAAACCAAAACUUGAUAGCAUCCAGACACCAUACAGAGAGAGAGAGAAAAGGAUUAAGGAACUUCUACCUUUGAAACCAGUAAAGCAGCCAGCUGAAAGGGUUGAUGAAAUUAUCAAGGAAAUCAAAGAGAGUACAACGAUAACAGAAGUCCCCUUAAGCAGCGCCAUACACGGCACGGGUGUUAACAAGCAAGAAUGUACGGAAGCUCUAUCGCUGCUGAGGGACAUGAAGACAAAGUACAAGAUGGUCCACAAGAAAACAAUGGAACAAGCAGCUGGCAUCGAGUCUGAUAGAAACAAAGUGGGCCUAAACCUCCACCUGUAGCAACAACAUAUAGCAGGCAAUAGAUCAGUAUGUUGCAGUAUAUGUAGCUUCAGUCCCUUAAAUAUUAUCUUUCAGAGCUUUAGGAAACAGCUACAGAGUUCAACAGAAUCAAGUAGCAAGAUCUGUUGCGACAGGGUGGUGUUCACUGAAAUGACUGUGUUUGUGUUUGUUCCCAUGAGUCAGUCUGAUGGUUUCGAGCAGCUGCCGUGCCACCACUGCUAUGACCAGAAAUAAUCAAGCAUGCAUGUAUAGUAUGCAUCACCUGUUUGCCACUAGAUUUCAGCUGAAACAAUAAAAAGUUGACUUGGUCUUCUGGUGGGCAGAGCCAAUUAAAA